AUGAAUACAACAGCAUUCGCGAAUUCCUCACUUGACAACAAUGUCGAAGAUUAUCGUAUUGUUGCUCUCAUAUCGCUCAUAUUUGUAAUCAUUGCUGUAACGAUCAGUACCUUCAUCUUGAUCUUAGUAUGGAUAACCAAACCUCGUCUGCAUACAAUCAACCAUCUACUCAUGUGUAACACUGCUUUCGCAACUAUCUUCUAUUGUGUAACAAUGAAAAUCAAUUUUGCUUAUGUUCUGUUUGGUCAGUGGAAUAUCAGUGAUGUCAGUUGUCGAUUUCGUGCAUAUUUUGCCUAUAGUGGUGUUGCUGCAGUCAUAUACUCCUACCUUAUUCAAGCGAUUUCGAGAUUUUUCUUUUCUGUGUUGUCCGCAAAAUAUCGUCGACUGACAUCGUUCAAGACACACUAUAUUCUGAUUGUUUGUCAAUGGAUUGUGGUAUUUUUACUAACGUCACCUUCAGUUUUGACAAAUGAUAUUCAUUUUGUUCCGAAUGUUUUCUGUUGGGUACCACUAGAACAUAUGAUUCACAUAGCAUAUACAGUUCGAAAAACGAGAGUGAAUGCAACUGCUACAUCACAAAACAGUCAAAAACGUGAUCUGGACUUACUUCGUCGCGUCGUUAUACUUCUUGGAAUUUAUUUAACAGGCGGAAUCCCAACGCUAUUAUUUAUGUUGACAUCUGUUCGAUUGAUUUACAUGAUAAAUUUAGUUAGUCCAUCAGUAUGCGUAUGUAUUGAGAAAUUAUGUACGAUUUUACUCGAUCGAGAGAUAUAUCAAGUAAUUAGAGCCAAGAUCGCUCAAGCAGCACCUGUAACACCUUUUGGGACGGGCGUGAUUUUAAUAGGCAGUGAACCAAGACAAAGAAAUGUGCGGCAUGAUAUUUGA